CUUAACAAUGCACAAACGUCCUUCAUUCUUUGUCGGCAGUCGCUAUGGCCGUUCAUCGGGCGGUGCUUCAUCUUCGUCAGCGUUGGCUAGCGGUGCUGCCUAUGCACCAUCGAAGACACGUCGGCUAAAUGUUGUGCCACGCAAUGAUAGAUUCUUUUUGGGUUCACGUUAUGGCAAACGAGCGGAAAUCUCCACCGGCACCCAGUUAAGCAAUAAGGCGGCACCCAAACCCAUGAUGCUAUUGAAUGAUAACUACAAUGGUGAGGAUGAGGCAGGCGGUAGCAGU